AUAAAUUGAAGGAAGAAUUGAACUUUUGGCGGCAGAAGUAGUCCGCGGUAGACGUCAGAUAGAGAUAUUUUUGUUUCGAGAGAGCUGUGAAAGAAAAUAUUGGGCUGAAAGAAGGAAAAACGGAAGAAAUGACCGACAGGAAUAAGACUGACGAGCCAGGGAUGCUUCGGCAGCUUUUCGUCACGCUGAUUGUAAACAUCUCGGCCCUGUCAUUUGGAACGAUGGUUGGUUGGCAAUCGCCAACGAUACCGCAACUACAAAGUGAAAAUCCGCCGGUGGGUAGCGAGCCGAUGACAGACGAAGCUGCGUCCUGGUUAACCGGGAUUACGUGCAUAUCGGCAACUAUAAUGAGCUUGACAGUAGGCAUGAUAGCGGAUAGAUUCGGGCGUAAAGUGACCGGCUGUUUAAUGGCUUUGCCAUUUUGUUUGUCUUGGCUGUUCACUAUUUUCGCUACAGAACAUAUGCAUCUAUAUAUCGCGCGUUUCUUUGCGGGCAUAUCUGGCGGAAUGGUAUUGUUCUUGAUACCAUUGUACAUAUCUGAAAUUACGAGCGAUGGAAUACGCGGUAUGCUAGGCAGUCUGGUGAUAUUCCUACUGAACAGCGGUAUUCUUUUCGGUUAUAUACUCGGCGCUUUGCUCUCGUAUCGUUUGUUCUCGAUAUCAAUGCUCAUGUUGCCCUUACUUUAUUUCGCAUUAUUCGUUUUCAUGCCGGAAACACCUGUAUAUCUAGUGCGGCGUAAUCGAAUUAACGAAGCGAUCAGAGCUCUAACAUGGUUGAGAAACGGACAUAAGUCGACAGUAGAGAGAGAAAUGUUGCGUCUUCAGGAGGAGACAAAAGAGUUCACAGUUUCGGAGCGAUCGACUAAACUGCUAGAAUUGUUUCGAGAUCGUGCAACGAUCAAAGGAUUGCUUAUUACACUGGGAUUGUUCGGUGGACAACAAUUUAGCGGAAUAUUUGCUAUGUUAAGCUAUACAGAAACGAUAUUCAAAAUGUCGGGAAGUUCGUUGUCGCCAAACAGUUCAGUAAUUAUCGUGGGCGUGAUUCAAGUGUUUGGCUCAUGUUUAUCCACUUCGCUGAUGGAAAAGGCCGGUAGAAGACCAUUGCUUUUAAUCUCGUGUUUAGGGAUGGGUCUAUGUCAUUUUACGCUCGGCACAUUUUGCUACCUGCAAUCACUUCAAUACGAUGUUAGUCGGUUUAGUUGGAUUUCGAUCGUUGCCUUGUCCGUUUUUAUGAUUACCUAUGGUUUGGGUUUAGGUCCAGGUCCAUAUGUGAUUUGUUCGGAAAUACUUAGUCGAAAUAUGGCGAGUUUGGUAUUAAUGAUCGGAAUUUCUUUUGCUUGGGGCAUGGCAUUUUUGGUCGUUAAGUUAUUCCCGAACGUAGUUGAUGUAUUAGGGGUUCACGGUUGUUUCUUCCUGCUCGGUACUUCUUGCGCGAUUACCUUCGUGUUUAUUUUCGUGCUUAUUCCAGAAACGAAAGGUCUGCCCCGUCAAGUAAUUUUGGAUCGACUUAACGGAAUACCACACGCGUUAAACAAGAAAGAAUACGUUUCUUCGGAUGACAUUGUUGGAAAGAAUACGCCGCUACCUGCAUUAAUUUGACGAGAUUCGAUAAAUAAGCA